GCCGGCAUGGCGCACAAGCAGAUCUACUACUCGGACAAGUACGACGACGAGGAGUUCGAGUACCGGCACGUGAUGCUGCCCAAGGACAUCGCCAAGUUGGUGCCCAAGACCCAUCUGCUGUCGGAGUCGGAGUGGCGCAACCUGGGCGUGCAGCAGAGCCAGGGCUGGGUCCACUACAUGAUCCAUGAGCCAGAACCCCACAUCCUGCUCUUCCGCCGGCCGCUGCCUAAGAAGCUGGAGAAGUGAGUGGCUCAUGGGAGCUCCACCGCCCGAGCUGAGACAACACCUUCCUCUUUCUGCUCCUCGGCGUUCCCAGCCCGGUGCUACCUGGGCAGCAGUUCAGUGACGAGGACCCCUCCCCUCCCUACCUGAGCUCCCUCCAAAGCUUCAA